CACACUCGCUGCAACACAACGACGACCCGCGAAACAUACACACACUAGUGUGGACACAUGACAGGCCUGCUAGGUACCCAGUGCAGCUAGUGUUGCUGGCAUAUUGGGGUUAUAAUCAUGUUUGUAGCGCGUAGUAUCGCAGCAGAUCAUAAAGACCUCAUCCACGAUGUGUCGUAUGAUUUUCACGGCCGGAGAAUGGCGACUUGCUCCAGUGACCAAAGUGUCAAGGUUUGGGACAAAAGUGAGAACGGAGAGUGGCACUGCACAGCCAGCUGGAAGACACACAGUGGAUCAGUGUGGAGAGUGACCUGGGCUCAUCCAGAAUUCGGGCAGGUUCUGGCCUCCUGCUCUUUCGACAGGACAGCUGCUGUCUGGGAAGAGAUUGUAGGGGAGUCCAACGACAAGCAGAGAGGACUGAGCCACUGGAUAAAGAGAACCACACUAGUCGACAGUAGAACCUCAGUGACUGAUGUGAAGUUUGCCCCUAAACACAUGGGCCUGAUGUUGACCACGUGCUCUGCGGACGGAGUGGUGAGGAUCUAUGAGGCUCCUGAUGUGAUGAACCUGAGUCAGUGGUCCCUGCAGCAUGAGAUCUCCUGCAAGCUCAGCUGCAGCUGCAUCUCCUGGAACCCCUCAAGCUCUCGUGCCCACCCAGCGAUGUUUGCAGUGGGGAGUGACGACAGUAACGUUACAUACGGUGGGAAAGUUCAGAUCUAUGAGUAUAAUGAAAACACAAGGAAAUAUGCUAAAGCAGAGACGCUGAUGACCGUCACUGAUGCAGUCCAUGACAUUGCAUUUGCUCCAAACCUGGGAAGAUCCUUCCACGUGCUCGCCAUCGCAACGAAAGAUGUCAGAAUCUUUAAGCUUGUUCCCAUGAGGAAGGAGAGCACGUCUACGGGACCCACCAAGUUUGAGGUGCAGAUAGUGGCUCAGUUUGACAACCAUAACUCCCAGGUGUGGCGUGUGAGCUGGAACAUCACCAGCACCCUGCUGGCCUCAUCGGGGGAUGACGGCUGUGUGCGCCUCUGGAAAGCUAACUACAUGGACAACUGGAAGUGCACGGGCAUCCUGAAGGGGGACGGCAGCCCGCUCACCGGCUCGUCUGGUCAGCCCACAGCCAUGAGCACCGUGGUGGGCUCCUCUGUUCAGACCUCCCAGAAUGCCCUGAACGGGAUGUCGGCAGGAAGGUAUUUCUUUCCGCCUCUGGACCCUCCCAGAGCAGGGACCAGGUAUGGUCACCUGCUGCCUCCCUCCUCCCUCAUAGAGCACUGUGAUGCUGAGCCCAUUCAGCCUCAGCAACAGGCUCUUCCCCACAGACUCUCCUCUAGAGCACUGCUACCCUUACCAGAGGCUGAAGGGCAGUGAUUUUUCAGGCGUUUUUAGCUCAAAUAAGAGGGGAAAUGGUUUUGGGGGGGGGGUCAAACAACUGCCAUUUAUUUCUAAUAAAGACCUUAUUUUUUGUUUGUUUUUUAAUGUUGUUUUUCCUGUGCAUAAAUUAGAAAAGGUAUUGAAAGACGUCAUUAAGAUUUGAUGAAAUUUGUAUUAUAUGGCCAGGGAAGCCAUUUGGAUAAUCAUUUGAAUGUAUGUUAGUCUGUGAAUAAUAAACUAAACAUUUUUCAUAUUUAGUGCUUUGUAUUCUGGUGCUUUAAGAUCAUAGACUGUUUUUGGGGGGCCAUAAAACAAUGUCCGUGCUGGCAGGUAAAGCAGACAAAAAUAGAGAAGCAUUGUGGGGUUUUUUGUCUGAAGGACUGACCUCAACCAUCAGUGCCUGCCUCCAGAGGAAAUGUUUGUCAUUGUCACUCUUUGAUUGUGAAAAUUUCACAUGGUGGAAGUCAAAAUAAACAAUAAGAUUAAAAGAA